AUGACUAGAGGAAACUUAGUUUCUAGCAAUUCUAAUAAUGGAGUUUCUCCAUUACAUCGUUUAUCAACUUCGACCAACAACAAUAUAACAAGACGCAGAGCAAAUGUACAAAGGAAACGUUCAAACAACGUAAUACCGCAAGAUUUUGACAUUUCAGUAGUCUAUAAACCUCGUUUCAAUCUUCAGACGUUAAUUUGUACAACAGCAAAGAAACAACGUUCAUCUGAUAAACCGCCAAGACCACCAAACAGUUUUUUCCUACUCAAGAAUUGUCUUUUGCUCGAAUUAUGGAGUAAAGAAAUAAAGCCAACCAUGCCAAGUGUCUGUGUGUUGGCCAAAAGAGUAUGGCAAGAAGCUCCUCCAGAAGUAAAAGAAUUAUACGAUCAACUCUCUACCGAGGCACUUAAAUUGCAUCAUUCAGAGUAUCCAGGAUACAAAUAUCAGCCAAGAAGACCCGAAGUUUCGAGAAGUACUUCAUUUCCAAUGGGCAAUAGUAUGGGCAUGAUGACAACUUUUAGCAUAAAUACUCCAUUAUCAACUUCCGAUUUAACGGCAACUACUAAUAAUGAGGAAACAAGUCAAAUAGGAUCUGAUACUGAAAGUUGCAACCAUUCAGAUGUAGCAUUGUCGCCUCUUACAUAUCAAAAUGUAACAUUUUCACCCGAACAAAACACAGCUAUGGAAAUCCCAAACCUAAAUCAUCCGCAAGUACAGGAUGAUUUUUUGUUUCCAGUUAUUUCGCCACAACGUCCGAUAUUCAAUGUGUUCGCAAAUGCGGAUAUGUUCAAUGAUGAUAGUUUUUUAAAUGCUGGACCAGGAUAUAGUUUUAGUGAUAGUGAUAAUUUUGAUCCUGCCGAUAUAUUCAUGAAUUCAUUUUUGGCAUAUAGAUUUAUUCCCUUUAGAUAG